AGCCCACCUACCGACCGCGACAAGCCGCUUCCAAGCCCUCCCAUCGCGCAGGUGGUGAACCCGGCAAGCCCACCAAAGGCGCAACGCACACUCAUCGAUGCCGAGGUUGCGGGCAAGUUGUCAGAAGAAGAGUGGCCGAUUCUUUCGCCUGAAAACGUGACACCCGAGCAGACCCGCUCAGCACCAAUGCAGGCGGUCCCAGGUGCAAGCUAUAACCGCAGCAGCGGCAGCGGAGCACCAGGAUUACUAUCGCGACGUCAGGACAACAGGCUUAGUACCGGAUCCAACUGGACGCCACCAGAGGAGUGGGACACCUGCUUGUCGCAAGAAGUGAAUUCCCAGCAACAGAUUACAACCACCCGCCCGGAGCUACGAUCCGCUCGAAAUCGACUCAGCACCGGAAAUCGACUCAGCGCCGCACCCACUUGGACGUCUCCUGAAGAGUGGAAUACCCGCUUAUCGCAAGACGUGAAUUCCCAGCAACAGGUUCACGCCAUCACCACUGCCAAUGACGAGGCCAUCGACAGUCCGCUUGCUCGCAAGCAGAGUGGUCGGGGCACCCAGUCCAGUUCUCCCGGCACCACCUUUCAGCGCCGCUCCCUUCCACUCUCCGCUCAGGGACAACCAGCAUCGGCUACUCCAACCGCUGCGUCUCGACAUGGAGAGGCCAUGUCAACCUCCGCGAACGAGCAAUUGCUCGAUACUAACGCAUCAGCUUACGCUUUUUCUUCUCAUUUCUCUUCUUCUGGCAGUGCAGCCACACCGCUUCUUUCUGAAUACCAAUAUGGAGUUCAAGGUGCUAACACUGUGGAAGACAAGGAAACUCAGGUUCAAGCUCAUGGCGUAAUCGAGCCUACAGACAACUACCCUCCUCGCCGAUCCCGCGAAAACUCGUUCGACUCUAGCGACACCUGGAGCCAAGCGGCCGGAUCUUCUAUCGACGAGGAGCGCCAUCAACAAUUCGAGUCGAGCACGCGUGUGAGGUUCCCGCACCCUCAUCUCCACGGCGGCGGUCCCGUCCUGCGGAUUCAUGAAGACGCAGAUGAGGUCCUGAUGGGUAACGCGGGCGACGUCCCGGAGGUCCCACCGAUCCCAGAGGUUAUUCCGGAUGAGGCCGCCCAGGUCAGUACGCUAGCGGGACGUUUCUCGCGGGAGACGCUAUCCAGGAUGUCUUCUAGGAUAUCUUUACGUAUGGGCUUGCGGUCUGGAACAUCCCAGUCUCCCGAGGUCGACACCAAUUGUACUCCUACACCGGUCAAGGCCAACCCGGUCCGAUCCAUACGGCCGCCAGGAAAUACUAGUGCUGGAGUUGACCCACAAGGCACGUCUGGCCCUACGGUUCAACAAUCGCAGGAGUCUCUAAAGGCAACCAAGCCGCCACUAGAGCGUGGUUCUGCCGGCAAGCGAAACGCCCGGGAGGCUCCCAAGCCCAGCGUAACGGCCCGAGGCAUCAUCGCUAACGACGAGCGCGCUCCCGAUAUAGAGUUGACAACCUCAAUCCAUGGAGUCAGCAAGCAGCCUGACCCUCUCAAUACAUACGGCAAACAAUCUGUCGUGGAGUCGACGUCGAACACCGAGCAGUCUGCCAAGAGCAAGGAUAGCAAGCAUUUGCAGGGCAUAGAGAGCAAACCCAACAAUAUGACCGCCGCUAAAGUCCAAGCAAAGCGUAGCUUCCGGGAUUUCUUUCACAGGCGCGAGGGCAAGCACAUUGAGAAGGAACUUCCGAGGGCUGAGUCCAAGCAAUCAAAGCGGUCCUCUUUCGCCGUACCAGGAAGCUCUUUCGUGAGUCGCUUUAGGAGUUCUGCCAACAUCUCGAAGGCCAACUUGGCAAAGCCAGCCGAGGCUGUCACUGAGCGUCAACCCGUGUCAACUCCCGAGACGGCGAAGGUCAACUUAGAAACGCCAGUCGAGGCGAUCACUGAGCGCCAACCCGUGACAACCCCUAAGACGGUGAAGGCACCUGUACAGAAUGCGGACGGCCACGACAUGACGUCACCUCUAGCCGAGCCUGCUACUCACUCGAACGUCGUCGAUAUCGUCAACAGCAUUAUGAACCGCAUGGAGACAAUGCCCGAGGAAUCGCCAUAUCGUCUCCGCGCCCUUCAGAUUGCAGAGGCUCUUCUGGCGACUGUCGACGCGUGCAAGCAGGCAGAGAUCUCGGCGAUGGAGGCCAAGAAGCAUGCCCGCGACGCCGCGCUGAAUGCGAAGAAGGCUGAGAUUGCGUUGAAGAGGGCCCAGAAGCUGUCCGAGUUGAACUCCGAUACCGAGGCGCUAGAGGCGAUCAAGCAGUUGCUCAAGAAUGCAGGGAUGGUUGGCAGUGAGGACCAGCCUUCCUCUUCCGGGAUGGCUACGCUUUCGGAGUAGCUGUACGUAUGGUAGGGCACGAUGUUGGCUUGCUAGCAUCUAGAUUGCCUAUAACCGUCGUCGGAUUCUCCGGAAAAGUGUUUGGUAUGGGAUGAGGACUAUGGAGCAUAACGUGGGAAGAUGUUC